AUGUUGAAUCGCAGUCAGCUACUUCUUUUGCUAUGGGCCGGCAACGCGGUGUCGGUUUCCCUCUCGCAGUACGAGAAGAUCACCAACGUCCCCAAUACCUGUUUCUCAAUCUGGAACAAAGAGGUACCGGGAUGCAAACGCGCGGAUUUCACGGGCAGCGGCUGCUCGCCGCUGUGUUUCGCAGGACUGACCGUCAUUGAUGCCGAAGUACAAUCAGAAUGCGCAGAUGUCGACGCCGGCAGACACACUCUACUCGGAGAAUUCCUUACUGGCUAUGGAACUUCUACCGUGUGCGAUGGCGGUGCAGAAGUAGCAAAGACAUCGACGUCUACGUCGACGUCGCAGACAACGAAAGCACCCCAUCAGAGUACAGAUACACAUACCGCUCAGCAGAGGACUGCGACUGCGACUGUUUCGCAAAAAACAACAGCGGAGCCUGCCUCGACUGAGGCUACUCAGUCAACAACAUCUGUUUCGUCUUCCUCUUCCUCCUCUUCCUCCACAUCGACGACAACGUCCGCCAGUUCGACUACUACAGCGGGUACAACGACGACCCAGCAGGCAGACAUAACGACAAGCGCAACCACGUCGAGUUCCAGCCCGACGUCCGAUCCCGACGCCAAGGGAUUUGGCGGGGUGGGAGACGCAUACGAUAUCCUCGGGGGACACAGCAGCGCGGGCCAACUGGAGACGCCGUGGAUCAGCCUGGUGGUGGCCGCAAUUUGCGCGGUAGGCAUGGGGUCGGUGGUGUAG